GUGUGUUACACCCACCGGAAACAGUGUCUGCAGUGCAAGCAGAAAAUGACAAGGAGCCAAACCUGAUAUCCUUUUUAUUGGGUUUGUUUCUCAGAUAUCAUCCUGCACAGAUGUCUGUUGAAUGCCACAAUCGGCCGGAAUCCGUAUGCAGACACCCGGUGGCAUGACUGGACUACUGUGUGCGCGGGUUGAUGAAGUAGUGCGCCGACUGUGUUGGAAACAUCGCCCCGGCGGAGAGUAGACUGUGUGGGAGAAGGCAGAGCGGUCCUGCCCCCUUCAAUGACCAACCUUCAAUGCUGGCGAUAAAAGCAUCGCUGGCGACACCGUAACCAUGGAAAACUACCACAAGUAUCCUUAAGUAGUAUUACUGACAAGCUGAUUGCCCGUUGUGUAACGGUUUCAAUAUGCCCGACCGGCGGUGCUGCAUGCGGCUCUCCGUCGCCUGAUAUUACCGUUACAGGCUGUUUCCAUCUGGAAAUUUCUUGCCAGGGGAAAGCAGGCCAGCUAGCACCGCUAGCUUUAGCCUUUUUCGUGCUACAUCUCUGGGCUUGAGCGUUCAGUUUUUUCCAUGACCACACCAUUGACAUUGUUGUCUAUCAAUUCGAGGACUUUUUAACUCCAAAAAGUAUUUUAUGGGAUUCAUAUCGGCGAAAGAGAAGCGGGCCUAAGCCAAAAUGGUGAACUGGAGGCGGCUGCUGCGAAUGUCCAACCGAUCGUUUCUGGCCUUCAUAUUCUUCUUCUCCAUGUCCACCACUUGUCUCUACUUCAUCUAUGUGGCUCCAGGAAUAGCGAACACAUACUUCUUCAUGGUGCAGGCUCAGGGCAUCAUGUUGAGGGACAACGUAAGGACCAUCGGCCAGAUGAUCCGAUUGUACACCAACAAAAACAGUACGCUCAACGGGACGGACUAUCCUGAUGGCAGCAACUCCAGUGAAUACCUGGUCCAGCCAACCACGUACCUCCCUGAGAACUUCACCUACGCCCAGAACCUCCCCUGCCCAGAGAGAUUACCUUCUAUGAAGGGCCUUAUGGAAGUGAACAUGACAGAGAUCCCCAUGGAGGAGAUAGAACUGCAGUUCUCUAAGUUUUUUGACAUUGAGUUUGGGGGCCAUUGGAAACCAAAGGACUGUAGGCCUCGCUGGAAGGUGGCCAUCCUGAUUCCGUUUAGAAACCGCCAUGAACAUCUACCCAUCCUCUUCCAACACCUCAUCCCCAUGCUGCAGAGACAGCGGCUGCAGUUUGCCUUCUACGUCAUUGAACAGAGUGGGAGCCAGCCCUUCAACAGAGCCAUGCUGUUUAAUGUGGGAUUCCUGGAGGCCAUGAAGGACUUAGACUGGGACUGCUUGAUCUUUCAUGAUGUUGACCACAUCCCCGAGAACGACCGCAACUACUACGGCUGUGGUCAGAUGCCACGCCACUUCGCUGCCAAGCUGGAUAAAUACAUGUACAUUCUUCCAUACAGUGAGUUCUUUGGCGGUGUCAGUGGACUCACUGUGGAGCAGUUCCGUAAGAUUAAUGGCUUUCCCAAUGCAUUCUGGGGUUGGGGAGGAGAGGAUGAUGACUUGUGGAACAGGGUUCACUAUGCUGGUCUGAAUGUCACGCGGCCAGAGGGAGAGAUCGGGAAGUACAAGUCAAUUCCUCACCACCACAGAGGAGAGGUGCAGUUCCUCGGGAGGUACAAACUGCUGAGGUAUUCCAAAGAGCGGCAACACUUGGACGGCCUCAACAACCUCCAUUACAUCCCCCACACGUCCCUCAGCAAACUCUACAAGAACAUCACGGUGGACCUGUACCCCGAGCUCGCACCUAUCGCAGACUACUGAACUGCCCCCCCCCCCACGAAACCCCACCACCCCACCCCUCCUCGACACCCCCAGCUCCUCUCCGGCCUGGCCUCCUAGUGCCCCCCUCUCCAGCCAUCCAGACGCAGAGCGGUUACGCAGCAGAAGAGAGGAGGGGGGGGGGUGUAGGCCAGUGGGGUGGGGAGGAGAGGCGCACCAUGUAAUGCUGCCAAGAAAUCUUACUGGGGGAAAAAAAAAAAGAAAACCCAAACCGAAAAAAAUGAGGAAAAAAUGAAGAGGCAAUG